GCCUUCCCGAAGGCUGCGGCGCGGACGGACCGACGGACGGCGCUGCGUGCUGGAAGCGCCCGGCCAUGUUCAGCCGAAGCUCCCGGAAAAGACUCUCGAGCCGCUCGGUGAGUGUCCCCGACCCGAACGGCGCCCGUCGCCGGGUAUCAGCAGUCGGCCGCCAGCGCCCGUGCCCAGCCCCCCUGGGCCCCACGGCCGCGCACCUGUGGCCCCAGUUGACCGGUCCUGGGCGGAUAGAGAGAGGCCAGCCCUGUAACGCCUGCGGUGACCAGUGCCCCGGGUUCGCCUUGCAUAAAUGGAGGAAGAUCUGUCUCCACUGCAAGUGUCCCCAGGAGGAGCACAUGGUGACAGUGAUGCCGCUGGAGAUGGAGAAGACCAUUAGCAAACUCAUGUUUGACUUCCAGAGGAACUCGACCUCAGAUGACGACUCAGGCUGCGCCUUGGAGGAGUAUGCCUGGGUCCCGCCGGGGCUGAAGCCUGAACAGGUGCACCAGUACUACAGCUGCCUCCCAGAAGAGAAGGUCCCUUAUGUCAACAGUCCUGGAGAGAAACUGCGAAUCAAGCAGCUGCUGCACCAACUCCCCCCACACGACAAUGAGGUCCGUUACUGCAACUCCCUGGAUGAGGAAGAGAAAAGGGAGCUGAAGCUCUUCAGCAACCAGAGGAAGCGCGAGAAUCUGGGCCGAGGGAACGUCAGGCCCUUCCCUGUCACCAUGACAGGCGCUAUUUGCGAACAGUGUGGAGGCCAGAUCAAUGGCGGGGACAUUGCUGUGUUCGCCUCGCGAGCUGGCCACGGCGUCUGCUGGCACCCGCCGUGUUUCAUCUGCACCGUCUGCAACGAGCUCCUGGUGGAUCUGAUCUAUUUCUACCAAGAUGGAAAGAUCUACUGCGGCAGGCACCACGCCGAGUGCCUGAAGCCACGCUGUGCGGCUUGCGACGAGAUCAUCUUUGCGGACGAGUGCACGGAAGCUGAGGGGCGGCACUGGCACAUGAAGCACUUUUGCUGCUUCGAGUGCGAGACGGUCCUGGGCGGCCAGCGCUACAUCAUGAAGGAGGGAAGGCCCUACUGUUGCCACUGCUUCGAGUCCUUGUAUGCGGAAUAUUGUGACACCUGUGCGCAACAUAUAGGCAUUGACCAAGGCCAAAUGACCUAUGAUGGCCAACACUGGCACGCCACUGAGACCUGCUUUUGCUGCGCUCACUGCAAGAAGUCCCUGCUGGGGCGCCCAUUCCUCCCGAAGCAGGGCCAGAUAUUCUGCUCACGGGCCUGCAGUGCUGGGGAGGAUCCCAAUGGCUCCGACUCAUCCGACUCAGCCUUCCAGAAUGCCCGGGCCAAGGAGUCCCGCCGUAGUGCCAAGAUCGGCAAAAACAAGGGCAAGACAGAGGAGACCCUGCUGAACCAGCACAGCCAGCUGCAGGUUACGUCCAACCGUCUGUCGGCUGACGUGGACCCCCUGUCCCUGCAGAUGGAUCUGCUCAGCCUGUCCAGCCAGACACCCAGUCUCAACAGGGACCCCAUUUGGAGGAGCCGUGACGAGCCCUACCAUUACGGGACCAAGAUGGAACAGAACCAGUCCCAGAGUCCUUUGCAGCUGCUCAGCCAGUGUAACAUCAGAACUUCCUACAGUCCAGGAGGGCAAGGGGCAGGGGCCCAGCCCGACAUGUGGGCCAAGCACUUCAGCAACCCCAAGAGGAGCUCAUCAAUGGCCAUGAAAGGGCACGGGGGCAGCUUCAUCAAGGAGUGCAGAGACGACUACUACCCCGGCAGGCUGAGGUCCCAGGAGAGCUACAGCGACAUGUCCAGCCAGAGCUUCAGCGAAACCCGAGGCAGCAUCCAAGUCCCCAAGUACGAGGAGGAAGAGGAAGAAGAAGGGGGCAUGUCUGCUCAGCAGUGUCGGACCCGCCAUCCAAUCAGUUCCCUGAAAUACACAGAGGAAAUGACGCCCACAGAGCAGACACCUCGUGGUUCCAUGGAGUCAUUGGCGCUGUCUAACGCAACAGGCCUCUCAGCUGACGGUGGGGCCAAGCGCCAGGAGCAUCUGUCCCGCUUUUCCAUGCCUGACCUCAGCAAAGACUCUGGCAUGAAUGUCUCCGAGAAGCUGAGCAACAUGGGCACCCUGAACUCAUCCAUGCAGUUCCGCAGCGCCGAGUCCGUGCGCAGCCUGCUCUCUGCACAGCAGUACCAGGAGAUGGAGGGAAAUCUCCACCAGCUGGGUAACCCCAUUGGCUACAGAGACCUGCAGGCUCACGGAAGGAUGCAUCAGAGCUUUGAUUUUGACGGGGGGAUUGCAGGUAGCAAGGGGCAGGGCCAGGAGGGUGUGAGGAUCCAGCCCAUGAGUGAACGCACGCGUAGAAGAAGUACCACGCGCGAUGACGGCCGCCGUUUCCGACCGCACCGCUCCCGGCGAUCCCGGCGCUCCCGCUCGGACAAUGCCUUGCACCUGGCCAGCGAGCGCGAGGCCAUCUCUCGCUUGAAAGAAAGGCCCCCACUGAGAGCCAGGGAGGACUAUGACCAAUUCGUGCGCCAACGCAGCUUCCAGGAGAGCCUGGGCCAUGGGUCCCGCAGGGACCUGUACGGCCAGUGCCCCAGGACUGUGUCAGACCUGGCUUUGCAGAAUGCCUUUGGCGAGCGCUGGGGACCCUACUUCACCGAGUACGACUGGUGCUCCACCUGCUCCUCCUCUUCCGAGUCUGACAACGAAGGUUAUUUCUUAGGAGAGCCCAUUCCACAGCCCGCCCGCCUACGAUACGUCACAAGCGAUGAGUUGCUGCACAAGUACAGCUCCUAUGGGGGCCCCAAGUCAUCCACGUUAGGUGGCAGAGGACAGUUGCAUAGCAGGAAAAGACAAAAGAGCAAAAACUGUAUCAUUUCUUAAUGUGAUCCAAGUCAGGGAGUGGGGCAAGAUGAAAGCUGAGAAUGUACAUUCAGAAACUUGCACUGUUUUCCAUCUCCAAGCGCUUUUGGGUGGGGGAGGCUGUGCGGGCGAGGAGAGGGGACAUGACGGAGGCCCAUUGCAGCUGGACUCAAUAGGUAGUCAGUCACAGUUUUUGGCAUGUUGAAUCUUAUUUGCACAUUUCACUUUGGAAACACAGUAGACCAUGGAGGCCAGGGUUGGUCACCCUGCCCUUCUCACCUGUCCUGGGUUGAGUUGCCACCGGCCAGCCUGGCAAAUUGUUUCCUGCUUGUUUUUAUCUUCUAUUGUUCUUCCUUUCAAGACUUUUUUUUUUUUUUUUUUUGGCCUUUCUCUAGUAAGUAAUUUGUUUAUUAGCCAAGACCCAAGACUUAAGUUAUUUACAUGUCCAUUGUAAAUGCAAUGUAAAUGAGAGUUCUGAUAAAAUAUUUUUGUAUUUUGUAAUAUCAAAGGAAUUUCUAUAUCGUAGGACUCAGUGGGGACUUGCAUGCAAAUUGACAUUGUCUUUGAGUAGUAACCGAAAGGUGGCCUGAUCCACCUGGGUUUUUUGUUUUAGUUUUCGUUUUUUUCUAUACAGAUUUGUUAUAUGUCCGUGAGACUUUUUCACAGGAGUAUAUUCAAUUCGGGGUUUUUUUUGUGGCUGGAAAAAAACAACUAUUAUACCCAAGACAUUUUAUGUUCCAUGCCAUGUUAGGGAGCCCUCCUCAAGACUGCUCCCACCCUCAGUAGGAUUUUUUCUCUACAAAGUGAUAGUACUGCUUUCUCGAUUGCAAAUGUAACUUUUGCCAAUUAGAGAGACCAAUCAGUGUCAGUCAAGUUCCGUGAGAAAUGCCAUCCCUGCUGGGAACCUUGAAGUUGCUUACUCUUGCUCUGUCCCUUGGGGGAAGACACAAGUGACUGUGAGUGGUGCCGUUGUGUGUGAUGUUAGCAUGACGUUGUUUUGAAUGUGGCAUUCUUUUCUGGUGCUCAUGUUUCCUGGAUUGUAUUAUCUGCUUUCCUUUACCAAGGCAGACAGAACUGCCACCUGCACCUGACAACCGAUUGUCCUCAAAGCAAAUGAACUGAAGCAUUUGGAAUUGAAGGACGACAGAGAGUUCUGACGGGGUCCCGGGAGUCCCAGUGAGUUGCGUGUUAUGCGUGGAAAAGGAGUAAGGCAAUUAGAAAUAGAAAGCAGGUCAAGGAUAGACACAGAAAGCGACCCCAAAGAAAGAUCAGGGAAGAAGAAUUUCUAGAAAUAGAGGAGAGGUGAUAACCCCUUGUCUAGCUCCGUGCUGUAGAAAAAGAAUCUACUUUACUAAGCUAAGAUACCAGAGCAUCCCUGUGAUGCGCAGGUGGUUCACGUUGCUGAGAUUUCAACACAGCUUUGAAAAUCAUACUUUGUAAAAGGAGGGAGGGGAGUUCCAUUUUGAACUUGACGGACUGCGGGUUAGACAGAAAGUGGGCACAGAAGUGAGUUUGCUUUAACAAAGACAUUUAACGGUUGUACUGUUUAUAGUAAAAUAGAACUUCCUACCUUGCUUCAGGUAAAAAUGAAGCCCUUGCUUUCUCUCCCAUUCUCCUCCCAUGAUGGAUUGUGGCCAUUGAAAUAAUCCGUCGGAGGACCCACCUUUAGUGAGCUGUACCGUUGAUGUAGUACACGGUGUGUCUCAGUGGCGUCUGCCGUGGUGAGGUGAGCGUGGUCUCUUCAGUAUAGUAGUUAACAUUUUCUAGUAUUUUUCUACAGAGAGAAUGUGAAAAGUAGCUUUUCAGACACCAUCCCAUGUGGGUCGAGGGGAGGAAAGGUGUCGAGGACAUGCUAGUGACACUCCAUUCAGGAUGUAUUAAAAUAAUUUGCUUUUCAGGUAUUAAUAUGACAUUUGUCAUUGUCACUGAAGUUUUUUUUUUGUUUGUUUAAAUGCAGAUGUUGGUUGUGGCUGUUUCCCCGCAUGCUAUCUUCAUAUCUAAAUGCUUCAUUAAUUAUCCAAGCCUCCAGAGAAUUAACUAUUAUGUUUGUAUAGUAAGUUUGUAAACUGCUUGGCAAAUUGAUUAAGAAAUAACAUGCAACACCAUGCUACUAAAGUGGCAGAUUUCUGGUAGAAAUUGAGCGAGUCCAUUUUGGAAUUUGGAGUGCUUUCAUUGAGGAAAAUAAUAAGGCACUUGGGCAAAAAGAAAAGAUAGGAGGGGAAGUAGUUCACUUAACAAAUGGCUGAAAAUGUGUCUGUCCUCUGGGGCCCCAUGUCCAGGAAAGAAAUUCUCCCAGUUAAAGUGGCUUUCUGUCUCUUCUCAAAACCUUCCCAAAACACUUCUUACACUUCCCAAGUGUGGAAUACACUUUUCGCGACCAUCAGCAGUAAGAAGGUGGCCUAGAAAAUAACACAUAACCAGAGGGGUCUAGAUGAAGGAGUGAUUGCACAUCCAGCUGCUCAGAGCUUGAACCAAAAGAACCAAUCCU